AUGUUGCACUGGCUAAGGAAUGUAGCUGUUUUUAGUGUAUUCAAUUGGAAACGUCAAGGUGUUCAGGAUGUUCCACCAGAUAUUGAAAUGACGGAUUAUAGAAGAAUUCCAAAUACAGAUAGUGAGAACCCUUCAGACCUAAAUGAUGAUGAGAGCAUUAAUGUGCAACCCAUUGCCGAUUUGGAUUUCUUCUUUGAAAGAAUUUACAGCUAUUACUGUGAGAAAGGGCUGUGGUGCAUCAUCCUAAGAUGGAUUUCUGAACUUCUGAGUUUAGGGUUCAUCAUAUGCUUUUCAGGAUUUAUCCUUUUAUAUGUUGACUGGAAUGGGCUCCGUAAUGCCAAGUGUGGGAUGGCUGCAGUCGAAUCUGGAGUUGAACCUUGUGAUCUUGCUAAAGAAGCUAUUCAUCAACACCCUUUAACCCCAUUAACGAUACUCAGAGCUAUUUUUGUCGGAUACCUAGGAGUAUUUUUUGUCUAUUGGAUAUUUUGCUUAUUGAAGUUCUUCCUUCAAUUGAAGGAUACACUGAAAAUCCGUCUGUUUUACUACAACAGUCUCAAUGUAACAGAUCAUGAAAUUCAAACCAUGUCCUGGGCUACCAUUCUUGAAAAGAUUGUUCAUUUGCAAAACUUACAAAGACUCUGUGUGGUAAAGAAUCUUUCUGCUCAUGACAUUGUGAUGAGGUUGAUGCGAAAAGAGAACUAUUUGAUUGGGAUGGUCAACAAGGGUGUGCUUACUUUCCCCAUUUCUAAAUGGGUUCCAGGUGCUGGAUCAACAGUGAAAUAUGGUACUGAUGGAACAGAAUAUCGUCUAAUACUACCCAGAACGCUUGAGUUGGCUUUACAUUGGUGCAUCCUGCAAAGCAUGUUUGACCGAAAUUUUUGUGUCAGAAUGAAUUUUUUGUCAGAUUCAAAGACACUAAAGAGAAGGCUUAUGGUAGUUGGGAGUGCAAUGUUGUUGCUUUCUCCAUUUCUUAUGAUAUUCAUGCUGUCACAUCUCUUUCUGAGGUAUGCUGAGCAAUUUUAUAAUCAACCAAGCAUAAUAUCAUCCCGAAGAUGGUCAAAUUUGUCACAAUGGGUCUUUAGGGAGUUCAAUGAGGUGGAUCAUUUGUUCAAGCAUCGGAUUAAUAGUGGUGUAUCUCAUGCUUCUAUCUAUAUGAAGCAAUUCCCUUCACCAAUCAAAGCUAUCAUUGCAAAAUUCAUCUCAUUCGUAUCGGGUGGCUUUGUUGCGAUUCUGAUCAUCCUUGCUUUUUUAGAAGAGUCUCUGCUGGAGGGUCAUAUACUAGGUCGGAACUUGUUAUGGUAUGCUGCUAUUUUUGGAGCUAUAACUGCUCUUAAACGGGUUGCAUUUACAGAAAAUGAGGUUUUAGUCACUGAUCCCGAAGGAGCAAUGUCAAUGGUAGUUGACCAUACACAUUAUAUGCCAAAGAGAUGGCGGGGCAAAGAAAGUACUGAAAUGGUCCGUAAUGAGUUUGGAACCUUAUUCCAGUAUAGUGGGAUGAUGUUACUUGAGGAGAUGGCUUCAAUUUUGGUUACUCCAUUCUUGCUUUUGUUUGUGGUCCCAAAGCGGGUUGAUGAUAUCCUGCAGUUUAUUGAAAAUUUUACUGUAUAUGUUGAAGGUGUUGGUGAUGUUUGCAGCUUUAGUGUCUUCAAUUUUCAAGAAUAUGGAAACAGCAGCUAUGGUUCUCCAUUUAAUGUGCCUCGUAGCCAGAGAAGUUCCCAAGGGAAGUUGGAGAAAUCAUUCUUGAGCUUCCAUUGUAGUUACCCUUUUUGGGAACCAAAUGCUAAAGGAAAGCAGUUUCUACAAAAUCUGAGAACAUUCAGAGACAAAAAAUUAGCAGACCAUGUAAAAAGACAUGGAUUUGUUCCCCUCAAACCAUGGAGAGAUCACACUAACAUGAGAAGCUAUACAGACAGAAACAGUUUUACAUCCAGGGAAAUGUCACAUGGUACUUUUGUGACCGGCAAUCACUUGGGUUCAUUGUUGGUAACUGAAUCCAGCAGUCGAGACAAUAAUCCCUAUCUUCUAGAUUGGUACUACAUUUCCCAACCUCGUUAUGCAACUCCUAGACAUGUUUCAACAAAUCGUUUUGAAGCAACUCAGCAUCAUUCCCCAGAUAGGAUGCUUCCCAUCUUGGAAGAAAAUGAACAUGAGUAUGACGAACAAAUGAACAAGUUUUGCAAUGAACGUGCUGAUUCCUAUCUGGGUGCUUCCACAUCGUCUUUCCUCUUCUGGGAAAGCCUAAUCGAGGAUCCACAUUCCAUUGAUUUGCCUCGCACUAUCAAGAGUCGUUGGUGGGAGAGAAGUCAACCUCGGAAUGAAGAUAGUCAGAUAAGCUUUCUGGAACCACCAGAUUUCAAUCACCAAAGAACAUGUAAUUACCACGAUAGAUUUUCCAACAGAGGGUCAGAAGAUCAAGAUCAGAAAAACUUGUGUCAGGGUCGACAUGAUUCUACAAGUUUUUUGGAGCCACAAGAUUUCAAUCACCAAACAACAUGCUAUUAUCAUGAUAAAUUUUCUGAUAAGGGAUCAGAAGAUCAUGAUGAGGAGCAAUACCUGUACGGGGGUGAUUAUCACGAGCUACCUAAUAUGGCAUAAGCAGAUAAUUUAAAUGCAGGAGAAUUGAAUCUUCAUUUUGGUGAGUCUUCCCUCAAAAAAUCCCACUGUAAAUUAAAGCCUGCAGCCAGCCUUGAGUAAUGACAUUACCCUUCAUUGUUUUGUUUUAGCCUGUUUCUUGUUUCUGGAAUGCAAGAGUUCCCAUGUCUAAUCAUGAUUUUCAUUUCUGCAUUAUUUGUGUGGAA